AUGACAAUGCGGAUCCUUUUUUUGUGCCUUUUUGUGUUCACUUUGGCUAAUGCUUGCUACGAUUAUCGUCACGGACGAAUGUUUGUAUCAAUGUUGGAUGAAGUAAGUUUAAUAUUUGGCGAAACUAAAUCUAAAUAAUUUGUGUGUUUUCAGGAUAUUGAGAAAUACAAUCUCAAAGAAAAUGGUGUGAACAUUUUUAUGGAAGAAUAUUCCUGCACUGCUGAAUUGGAAAAGGAGUACAUUUAUGAUCCGGUCAAGAGAAUCUACAUUGUUCGCAAACAAAUGUGCCCAAACAACUGCGAUUGCAAAUCGUUUGUUGAUAAAACUUAUCAGCAUCCAAAAUUCAUUGAAGAUCAUGACGGAGUGAAAAUUGGAAAAUUCUUGGUUUCUGUUGAUGUUUGCCAAGAAGAAAAUGAACUCUAGGUUAGUUUGAAAUAUCUGAAUAAGAAAUAAGCUUUUAUAUUUGUGGGAUUCUUCAAUUUUCCUCUAACAUUUAGUUUUUUUCAGAACUCGAGAGUUCAUUUUCGACAACAACUUAAUGCGAUAG